CUGUACCUUGGGAUCUUAAAUAUUCCUCUAAGUUAACUCCUUCUUUAUGGUGGGUGUUGUUGAAGAUGACUUUUUCAGGAAUUGAUUAUCUUUAUUCAAAUGGAAGUGAAAAUAAAACUGAAAUUGUGAAUCCCACAGAAAAUAAUAUCAUGAUGGCUCUUCAAAAUGUAGUAGAUUUGUCAGAUUAA